CUCUGGUCUCGGGUAUGUCUUGGUCUCGGUUUCUGUGGUCUUGACUACAACACAACAAAGCACAAACUAAUACCAUAUUUCUUGUAGUAAAGAUCACCCUUUCUCUGCCUCUCUUUUCCUACUGCACCUCCUUUAGCACACUUUCUGGUUUCUCACUCUCCUCUUGAUUGGUUGUUGUUUGCACUCUGUCACUAAUUAAUUAGAUUGAAUUCACCUGCCUACUCCUGAUUUAAGACUGCACUCCCUGAUACUCAUGUUUUCAUCCUCACAUGGGGUGGCAGUUCAGCAAUGGUCGUGAUGUCACCUGCUGGGAGGAAGGAGCAUGCACACUACGGAACGAUGAUAAGACGUUCACCUUUACACGUCAAGUUUGUCCACAUAUCAAAAUACUACGUCUUAAAAGGUUAAAGAUUGACUUAAGUUUAAGUCCGGAAAAGAGGUCAUUCUCCUUUCAAAGUACAGGAGGUACUGAAGCCCAGUGUGAAGGCUGUAUAGAGUACUGCUGCGAUGGAUCGCCACCUUUCUGCUGCUCCUACUACGCCUACGUGGGCGACGUCCUCUCGGGCACUGCGAUCUCCGGUAUCGUGUUCGGCGUGGUGUUUCUGAUGGGGGCGGUGGCGGCCUUGUUCCUGUGUGUGUGUAUGUGCAUGAAGAACGGGAGGGGAGCCAGAGUCGGCGUUUUCAGCACCUCCUACAUCAACGCUGUGACCCAGGGAUACCCAGGUCCUCCUCCUCCGUACCCCUACGACUACGAGAUGUACCCGCCCUCUUUGCACCCGCCACCUUACACCCCGACUCAGCCCCCGCCGGCCAACUACUCCCCACCUCCUCCGUACCCUGGCUGCACCCGCAAGUGAAUCCCAGGAGCCCAGCUCAUCUACCGGACCGUCUAAAGGAAGCUCUGAUGGCGUGGUUAUGAUUGUCGCUAAAUGGGUUAAAGACAGUUCAGAGGGUCCGUAACAAAAAAAGAAAAGGUGGGCCAGUGCAAUAUGUUUCAGCAGGCAAAGACUCCCAGCGUUUACAGGGUGUAAAUGUCACUGUAUUUUUUUCUGCAUGGCAGUUAAAUCUAGACUGACUGGUGUGUGUGUGUGUGUGUGUGUUUGUGUGUGUGUGUGGGGGGGGGGGGGGAGCAUAAUCCCCACCAUGGUGGUUAAGAGAGCACCCAAACAUGUCCACAUUCUGGAAGAAAGUUGUUAGCAGCCCCGCUAGCCUGCAGCUCGUACUUUCACUUGCUAAUAACAUCCCAAUAUCCUCGCCGUCCCCGCCUGUGCACAUCAAAGGCACCACGCCGCUUUGAUGGAGGUGAAGACCGUUUCUGUCAGCGUGGAGAGGAACCAUACAUCACUGGAGGAGAGGAGUCGUCCCAGGACACACCGUCCACUCUGCUUUGAUUGGAAAGUUAAAAAAAAAAAAAAAAAAGUGGAGUUAUGUGAGUGGCUCAGGGUGGAAGUGGAUGACUAACGCUGUGUCGAAACACGUCGGGUCUGGACCUGUGGUGAGGAGGCACGGAGACUUGAAUAUAAAUGAAUCAUGACACUGACUUUAAGGACGAGUAGAUAUGAUGGUGUUUCUGUAUUGAACUAUUUUUAUUUUUUUUUUACCUUACUUGAAACGAUACAUUGAGUGAGAAUUAAACUAAUUUUGCCUACAGCUGAA